CGCAGCCAGUAAUGAAUGGUAACUCGGAUUUGUUCGCAAUGUUACGUGAAAUCUAGCUCACUUAAAAGAUAUGCAUGAACAAGCUCUGGGAGUCGCGUCACGGGGAGCUUAAGGCAGGUCUCGUAAAUGCAUCGCCUCGUCCUCUCUCAGGGGUCACCGUCGGGCGGUGCUGGUAUUAGCGUCGCUGUUGCCGGGCGGAGUGCAGCGUGUUGGGACAGACGGUGCAGAGGACGCAGCUGUCACGUGCUGGACGAGCGGUGCCUCGACGAGAAGGAAAUUCAGUUUAAAAUACCACAUGUCGUGUGAUGGGAAACGCUUUCUUUAAAAACGGAAAUCAGCUAAAACAGUCGUCAGUGUUAUAAACUAGGGAGCUUUCAAAGUUGUCGUGCGCACUGACGCACGUUCGGCCGUUUGAAUAACGUUACCGGGGAGACUAUAAAUACGUGCGCACGGUGUUUGGUAAGCGGUAAAGCUUUCGAUACGAAUCAAACCAACGGGGCAAUUUGAAAUCUGCCGGAGAACUGAAGGAGGACGUAAGAAGAAGGACGGAAUCGAAGCAGCAUGGUUACUACAAAGGGAGCGGGUCUGAACCCCAAUGCUAAAGUGUGGCAGGAGAUCCCUGCCCACCAGAAUGACAUCCCGGAGGAGACUGAGGACUCUCCUUGUCUACUAACCUGCCCUCCUCCCACUGAGACGACCGACGAUGGUCCGUCUUCAGGAGGAAAAGGAUGCGAUGCUGAGUACCCUGACAGCACUGCUGACUAUGCCUCUGUACCCACAGAGGGCGUUGUAAAUGGCACGGACCAGCCUGACGUGGGGUAUUUAGUCUUUGACCCUCAAUGCGAAUCAGCCAUAGAUGCUGAUGCUUCUGAAGAGCAACCAAUGUCUGAGGAGAGCCUCAGGGAGUCUUUGAAGAAACAGCUCGAGUUCUGCUUUUCUAGAGAGAACCUAUCUAAGGACCUGUACCUGAUAUCCCAGAUGGACAGUGAUCAGUUUGUUCCCAUCUGGACCAUUGCUUGCAUGGAGGACAUCAAAUCCCUUACCACUGAUGUGACCCUCAUCCUGGAUGUACUGCGAGAUUCGCCGAUGGUGCAAGUUGAUGAAGCUGGAGAGAAGGUUCGGCCAAACCACAGUCGCUGCAUCAUCAUUCUGAGAGAGGUGCCAGAGACGACACCAAUUGAGGAAGUGGAGGCUCUUUUUAAGAGUGAAAACUGUCCAAAAGUGUUAAGUGCUGAGUUUGCACACAACAGCAACUGGUACAUAACAUUUCAGUCUGAUAUGGAUGCACAGCAGGCCUACAGAUACCUGAGAGAGGAGGUGAAAACCUUCCAGGGAAAACCAAUCAUGGCCCGCAUUAAGGCCAUUAACACGUUCUUUGGUAAGAACAGCUUCCGCAGUGUGGACUCGAGUGUGUACACUCAGCAUGCCCAGCCACAGGCUCAAUAUAGCUCCCCAGUCUACAUGCAGCAGGCAUACAGCCCUCAGCAGCAGUACCCUGUGUACCCCGUGGUGUCUUCCUCCUGGAACCCUGCCGUCGUCCCUUACUUUGAAACACCACUGGCACCUUUUCCGCAUAGCGGUUUCAUGAAUGGUUACAGCAGUCCUGAGAGCUACGAAGCAAACGCAAGCAUCAACACCAAUCGGCCCAUGAGCAGGAACCGAAACCAUGUUAAGGGUCACCCAAGGCCUGGAGACGUGCCUUCCUCUUCUCUGGUUUCGGGGCCCCUGAUGGAUGGCCUGUCUGCUCCCUCGAGUCCACGGCCCCUCCAGACAUCAGGGAUGGCAACUGGCACCACUUCGGCAACAGAGUUUCUCCCACAGGCCACCGUACCCAGUGGGUAUCUGAGCGGGGCUGCAAGGGGCAGGAGAGGAAGCUACAGAGGCAUGAGGAGGAGAAGAGAAGAGGAAUAUACGAGGCCUGUUCCUCUAAUGGAGGCCAAGGUAGCUCCUCCACCAAAGUUUGACCUGGCAGCUUCCAAUUUCCCUCCUCUGCCGGGAUCUGUGGUCAGUAUGCUGGGAGAACCGAUGCCAGAGAUGCGCCUUUCUGAUGUUGUGCGUGGCCUGAAGGUGACUAACAAGCCUGUAAACCAAGAGGUCAACGGGACCCGACAAACAAACGUCUCUGAAGAUGCUGUAAGCAAACCAAGUGCUGUGACCCCGGUUGCUAAACCUGCUCCUGUGACACCACUCACAGUGGCACCACCACCACCACCACCAGUCUUAAGUGUUUCUCCUGCGGUAAAGGAAGAGGAUAAAGCUGAACCUUCGAUUCCAAAAGAAACAAUCUCCACGUUCUCGCAGGCUGCCUCCCCAACAGCCUCUAAACCUGCUGCCUCCCCAACAGCCUCUAAACCUGCUCCCUCCGCCUGCAGCCAGUCUGUUUCUACUGAAGCACCUUCCUCAUCCCCCCCAUCUCCAACAUCGGAGCUGGGGGCCAGAAAACUAAGCUAUGCAGAGGUGUGCCAGCGGCUGGCCAAGGAGCCGGCCCAGCCGUCCCCCCCCUCCCCUCCGGCCUCCGCCGCUAGCCAGCCCCUGCAGGAGCUAAAGGUCAACAGGGGGGAGGAGCCUCGGCCCAACGGCAGGCGCACCGCAGAGAAACCCGGAGACAGCCGCCCGCCCCGUCAACCAUUACGCUUCUUCAGAGGGGCGAAUGGCCAAGUCCGACCCGGAGGACUGAAGACUCGGGAGCAUCCGAGAGGCCUGAAUACCGGCAAACCGUUCUCCCCACACCGGGGAGCCAGACGCAGCGGCAAAGAACAGAACAUUCCCCCUGGAUCUCCAAAAUAACUAAAGAACAAGGAACCUACAAAACAUGAACUAAAACAAUAUUUAUGUAAAUAUAUAAUAUAUGUAAAUAGACAGAUGAAUAUAUUUCAUUUGACAGACUUUUUGCAAGAAUCUUAAUAUUGUUGCAGGCCUGAAGUUAUUUUUUAGGAAGAUGCAUAUCGUCUGCUGACAGAAUUGAUAAAACAUACUUUGCUUAAAGUAAUAUCACCACGACGUUCCCAAAAGAUGGCUCCAUGAACGAGCUACAUCUGUAAUGUGUGCGUUUGAUAUGGUGAGAGAGAGAAAGAGGGAUGUUUUUACUUUUAAAUAUAAGGUAGACAAAACCCCGUCAACAUCCAAAAUGAUGAAUGAGGCACAUUUUGUUUGUUUGAGUGGUUAUUGUUGGCAUGUGAUUCAUCUAGAGUGAAAUCAAGGAUGUCUGUUAUUAUGUAAGAUACGGAAGGUGUUGAAUCCAUGGCGGAACAAUGGAAACAGUGGAGUGUUUGAUUAACAACAGAAGCUUUGAACUAGGAGUGGCUAUAUUUCAAGGCCGAACAUUAUGUAGAAACUGUCUACAAGAGAUCCGGAGGAAUACGAAAUAUAAUUCAGAACAUUGUGUAAUGAUUAUAAUCCUUCAGUGUUUUUGCAGUAGUCCUCUUUGUGAUGCAGAUAUUAGAUUGAUAACUAGUAACGUUUGAAAUAAGCCCUGCAUACUUACUGGAGUAGAUCGGCUUUUUUUUUUUUUUUCCCUACAGGAUUGUAUCAGUGAUUUAACUCCUGUGCUCAUCUGUAUAUCUUGUAAAAAAAUAUAUAGCAUGAAAACUCAUGAGAAUAGUAGUUGUCAGCCAAAUAACCUGCUGUUGCUGAGGGUUAUCGGGCUGGAGCAGGAGCAGAAACACUGUCUCCACGUUGUGUCAGAUGUCACUGCUGGUGUCUGUGUGUGCGUCUUACAGAGCAGGAUUACAGGGUUUGACGGCUAAUUUUGGUUCCAGACCCAGCUUCUGGUGUGGAUUAUUCCGUAUUUUCAGUUUCAGGAAAUGUUUCUAGAGAGUAAGCUGCCUUUGCUUAGUGACUAGCAUGUGAACUGCUAAAACAUAUUGGAUGAUCUGAGGGACCUCAGGAGGAGAAAUUCGAUUUUAUUCAGAAAAAUAGAAAUUUGUGGCCUCUUCUUGAUUAACGUAGCUGUUUGGUUGAUGGUUGAUGUCAUGGCCAGUGUCUAAACUUGAGUCGGUGACAUUGAUUUGGGCAUCAUCUCUUGAUUGGAUACAUAAUAAGCUUCAGACGACUGUAGUCCUUUUUGGCUUAAAACCACUUUUGAGCUUGAUCUCGUGAAUGUCCAUAUGUAGCUGUAGCUUUCCUUGAGCGUGUGUAUAUACAGAUUUAUAUUUGAUCUUGGUUAAUGUUCUCGUUUUUCCUGCUGGAGACAAGUUUCAUUUUCUAUAAUUGUGUUUUUCUUCUCGUGGUAUUCAAUGUUUGUGUAAUAUUAGUAAAUAAGUGUGUAGACUGAUCUGAGAAAAGAUGCUUGGGUUAUUGACAACUGAAUCAGCCACUCGUGGCUCGACAGUGAGCAGAACAAGACUGGACUUUUAGUGGCGGGAGUUGAAACGAUCUAUCCUUAAAUCUCCAGGCUUUUAAUCGUAAGAGAAGUUAGAAAUGGAAAGAAGUUUCACAGAAAGGCUCAACUUGAGCUUAUAUGCGUUUCAUUUGAGUGUUUUUGAUUUCAUCAGAUUAGUCUGUUGUUGCAAAUGAGAAUUAACAAAAGAUGAGUGAAGCGAAAGAAUUGUAGGUUUUCAGGAUUAGGGGGGUAAAACAUUUUAUCUUAGAUAAAUGUCUUCUGCUUGUAGGGACUCGACUACAGGGUUAUGUGUCUUGUAAUCAGUAGUUGUCUCCCUGUGUAUACUGUAUUUUGUUUGUGUAAGAGAGAUUGCAUCGGCUUCAGACUGCAUGGAACUAUUAUCUCAAACCAAACCUCCGGUGCCUUAACUCAUUUCAGUAAAAAGAGUGCAAGAAUUGUGAGCACAUCAAUUUGUCACACUAAACAUGGCCGGUUGAUUGGUUGUCAAAAUCCAACGUUAUCAGUCUUUGACACUCUGAGACACUGGAUCCUACUCAAUGCAGAUCUCAAUUCAUUGUAGGUGCAGGGCUGGUGGGAGUGGAGCUUAAUGCGUGUUGCGCAUGCUUGUUUGUCCGUUCAUUUUCUUAGCUUGUCAAUGCAAUGUCAGUCUUGUAUCAGAAUCCUGCGUUUAACUCACAAUCAAACAUGAGAUUGCAGUUUUCAGCCAAAUACACUGGUUUUAUUAAGUUAUGUGAUUGCUGAACCUGAGGUAUAAGAAUAAAAAAAUAUUUUUAAA